UCUCCGCGGCCUUCAUUGACGCCGCCGGCACGGACCAUGCGGCCACGAUGAUCCUGCAGAGGAAUGUGUUCAGGCUCGAGCUUCUCGCUCGGGUGCCAGCGGCAGCCAAGGCGCCGUCGGACGAUGACUGCCUCCACUUGGCCAAGAAGGCGGCCCGCAGCAUCGACGAAGGGCCGCUUUUCCUGCUGCUCGUGGACGGCGCCAAGGUGAAAUCCAAGAGUGAGCAGGGGGCACAGGUCAGGAACCACGGCACGCUGCUCACUUGCCUGUUCGAUCCCGAGGAGCCCCGCGUCGUCACCACCAUCUUCCUCCUGGACGACGACGGUAGCGGCGACAGAAAGAAGGAAGUGGCCGUGUGGCGCGCUGCCACCGAAGAAGAAGCACGGGCGCUGUGCAACUUCAAGGACCCUUUGCCCGAAAACGAGUCGCUCAGCAGCUCGCCCAGCGACACCCUGUCGUCCCUAAAUUCCCUCUCUUCGACAGGCUCCUCGGACAGCCUCAAGACGAGCUCCAGCCGCCAAGUGCUCGUGGCCGCGAGCCGGAGCGCGUCCCGCGACAGGCGAGCCGAUUCCCGGCAGCGAGAGGCGCCCAAGGUGCUGCCGCCGCCUCCCGGCGAACAGGAACGCUCGGGCCGCAAGUCCGACAGCUCGAGAAAGGAGUCUUCGCGAAAACUGCCUCACCUGUGGACUGCAGCGGCAAAUUCCCUGAAACGCGCCCCCCAGAUCCUCGUCCGUCCGGCCGGAAACCAGACCCUCCAGCCGGGUCCUUCGUCCUGGAUGCGAUGGUCGCCACCGAGGGUGCCGGUCAUGUGCUUCACGCCCUUCGGUCGCCCUCUGGUCAACCAAGAUGGCAGGGCAUACCACCCUAACGUUCCCACUCAGCUGCCACACCACGCCAAGGGAAACUCGAGGAACGCGGCCACUGCGCUACAUUCCCCUCAACGCUCGAUGCUUCGCUCGGGCUCCUUGAGCAGCCAGGAGUCGGGCGGUUCUGAUAACGAAGGCCAUCACCAAGCUACCGAAUUUGACCACCACUCGAGGCACCGUUCCAAGAAGGUGGUUACGUUCAACUACAUGACCAAAGUGCAGUUCAUGUAGAGGCCCAUGUGCGUGACUGUGCAAAAUGUGUGCGAGUUUGUAAAGGCGCCAAAUCUGGUGAAGAACUGCGGUUCCAUCUUCGGUGGCUCCGGCACACCUCUUCAGUGCACUUGCUUAAGCUGCGGCAGAUUGGCAUCGCGCCACUGAUGCUGUAGCGGUGUGCGGAGACGCGGCCGUGCAUCGGCUACCCAGCGGCCAGCGUCUUCGUCCAACACUUCAAGCCCCGCCAGCUGCGUGGACCCGACCGACGGAUUCUCCAAAUCUUCCACGGACAGUUUGGAAGAUUACGGAAGAAGCAGGAUUUCUUCGGCCAAGUUACGCAGACUGUCGUGCAUUGAUACGCGAGCAGAUAUUCAAGAUCGUGGAUACUGACAUCUAACGGUAGACGCUCAUCUGGUUUAUUGCGCUUGGAUAGCACGAAACGUAGCUUCGGAAAUGACGCACUGGACCGCAGUGGCCUACGCAGGACGGCGCAGUACAGUGCGAAACCCAGUAAGUCUCCCCAUCUUUUACAAUUGCAUCAGACUAGCUUCCGUAGUCACCGCGUGUAAGAAGAAUGGCAAAGAAGUUGCUAUUGUUCUUGCAGGUGGUGACGAGGUAGAAUUAUUACUUGCACUGCUGUUUACCGUGCAAACAUAUGGAAAUAAUUGGAUGAAGUGAUAACAACAACGCCGUACACCCCUCUCAGUCAAGGCACGCUGACAAUGCUAAGAAGCGUGUGCGGUUGCGUUUCUGUCAUAUAGUCCGCAAAGGUCCUGCGUACGCCACGUUAAAGUGCGUAUGAAGUGACAGUGCACAUUCCAUCCAUCUUUCAUUUCUUUUUACUUUCAGGGUGCACAUACGCACUAAGCUCUUUUACGCCCAAUGAUGGCAGUGUCAUCCCAUGACGAAAACCUUGUCGCUUCACUGACAACUUGCCUUAGAGGGGCGAAAAUUACAGUGGUUGAAGACAUGUGAAAUGCGCAGCCCGUUGCUCACCAAUUCGUGAGGUGCGGUGCGUUUUCACUUGACAUCAUAAUUCACUCGUUGCACAGAGCCAAUAAGAUGGCUUGCACUGGCCCGAUUAUAAUUUCUGUGCAACAUUUUGUUACGUGAAUCCGUUUAUAGGAGUGUUAUAAGCGUGGGACCACACUGCGAAAAAGUAGUCUAGUGCGUAUUGCGCCCCGCGUUCCCCAAUGUCAUCAAGCUUAGAAAAUACGCAACAGUAUAGGUCACCUCUCUUCUUCCUUGUACAUACGUCAGUUCUGCCUCUCAGUUGGCCACGCCAAGCCACGUUCGAUCCUAUAUGGUGUCAGUAUAGGAGCCAGAAAACGUCCAAGUCAGCGCUGAUCUAUCGAAAAUUCAGUGCGCCUUGACGUCGUCUGUAGGCGUCGCAGUGAACGUGACGUGUUACCGAAGCAAAAAAAAAAAAAAAAUGACUGUGGUCACUCUAAGCAUCGCGUCAUUUCACCUUGUAUAAAAACUGUAGCUAAAGGUAUUCAAUAAAGUUUAUCGCUUCGA